AUUAUAUAGUUCUAUUCAGUUAACAGAAUCUUCUUAGUUUUAGUUUGUCUAUCUAGUUGAAAUUCUUAGAUCCUCAUCUUCUGUGAAGUUAAGGGGGAUCUUACAGGCCAAUCUAGUACAAUAACCACCUAUAAAUUGACAAUGGGUACUUGCAUCAGUUUUACUACUGUGUUGUAUAAGACUUUGUUUCGAGCACAUGUAUUGGGAAAAGUUAGGUGUACUUGAAAUUCCUGUGUGUAAAUGAGUCUUUAUUCUGCACUUCAUGAGCUGUCCGUUGUUCCCUUCCAUUUGAGAGAAUAAGGGCAAGUCUUCACUAGCAACGUUGAAUAAGGGCAUGUCUUGAUUAGCAACAUUAACGUGGCUGUGUAGUCGCAGCAAAAAACCCACCUCCACGAGGGGAAUAGCUACCAGCGCUGGGAGCGCUGUCUACACUGGCACUUUACAGCGCUGAAACUUGCAGCGCUUAGGGGGUGUUUUUUGAGCACGAAAGUUGCAGCGCUGUAAAGUGCCAGUGUAGACAAGCCCCUAGUAUAAGGACCCCUGCCACUCAAGGUCUCUGAGCCAAAUAGUGAAAAAGGAACUUUCUUCAUUUUAAAUCUUUCCCUUUUGAUGGUGCAUACAUCCCAAAAUGCUGCACAAAGUAUGGAUCAGUGUAACUGUCUAACAGACUCUGUUGGUGCAUUCCAGUACUGAGAGAUGGGAAAAGAUAAGACCAGUUUGAAAUGGUUUGUUGAACACCAUGAUCUCAUACUCCAAUAUGAGUUUUGUUCCUCUUUCCGUCAUACUGUGUUACGCAAAGGGAGGAGAUGGUCUUUCCAUUACUCCUAUUCUCUUCAGCUGUUCUAAAAAACAACCCAGGAUUGUGCAGAAGCAAUAUUUUAAAUAAAAUGUUUUCCCGAAUGAUAUCCUUUAACAAUUUAUAACAACCUGGCCUUUGUAGACAAGUUCUUGGUAUGUUAUCCCUUGUAGUCUUUGUCAUUCUCCUGAAAAAUGGGAAUGGAUAUGGUCAUUUUUCUCAAAGACGUACAAGAACCAUAAAAGCCUCAACCUUCUGUUGUGAGAUCUCAGGAACACAGCACCUCUUAGUUUUGCAGUCUGAGCACUCUGAGCAGGAAAGCAGACAAUAUCUACUCCAACAUUUUUUCCUAAAAUCAUGUAUGUGGAAGACAGAGAAAGCUAACAAAAUUCUGUUGAUGCUUCCUUCCAAUUGAGUGUCUCUUUGCCAAAAUUGAGACCACUAAAGCACUUCUAAUAGGAAAGCAGUGUUGGAGCUGCUUAGGUUGGUUAUGAAGGACCUCUUUGCCUUUAAUGCCCUUUUUUCUAACUUUCAUUAUGCUUUUAAAUGCCACUUGCUGACUGUAUCUGUAUCAAAUGUUUCACAAGGAAUAUAAAAUUGGUAAAAUUUCAAAUAUAUAUUGCAUGUUGUCAUGGCACAUACCAAAUAAAAUACUAUUGCUCGGUACAUGAUCUGCACUUCUAUUGCGUGACACACAGGACAGCCAUAUCAGAACGGUUUAGAAGAAAAUGUCUAGAAAUGUCCUAAAAUCAGAUAAAUGCUAAGGGAUCUCUAGGGUAUGCAUUUGUAGUAGUAAUCCAUUAUAAGUGUUUCCUAUGGCUAUGCUCUGCCACUUGGUAGUAUUUGAUGUGUUUGGGACAGAAAGAUGGCUCUAAUUUAAAAUGAUAUAAAUAGCAAAACUUGUAAUUUGCUUUUUUUUCCCCUCUCACAGGGCUACAUUUAAGCUUGUGAAAACAUGUCAAAAAUAGAACAUGUUUGGGAAAUUUUUUUUUUGUUCCUUUCACUGAUAUUCUAUGUGGACAUGUAUAGUGGUUUUGUCAUUUAUUUAUUAGAGGUGGUGUGAGCAAGGGCUAAGACCUUAAAAUUCCUGAAAGUUUAUUUUGUGGGGUUUUGGUCUGGUUUUGCCACAGAGUUGCUUCUUAGCUUUGGGUAAAAAUGAGCAUGAUACUUAUUUACCUUACAGAGUGAAUUAAUGCUUAUAAGGAAGCUUGAAGGUGGAGAGUAUUAAUAAGAGCUAGCAAAUGAGUGGUACUCAUACCUGGAAAGACUAAAUUAGAAGAAUCGUCCCUUUUGAUUUAUAAGUGACAUCUAUUCAAUCAGGUGUUGUCUUCCAAGAAAUAAUACAGUUGGUCAGUUGCUUCUUGUAGACAUUGACAUUUAUUUAUAGAAAGGUUUUCUGAAGACUUGUGUCAAAUGACGUCAAUGGCCAGUUUGUUCUCUUUUACUAGCCCAGCUGUAAAGCGUUUGUUGGGCUGGAAACAAGGAGAUGAAGAGGAAAAAUGGGCAGAAAAGGCAGUUGAUGCUUUGGUAAAAAAGUUGAAAAAGAAAAAGGGUGCUAUGGAAGAAUUAGAAAAAGCCUUGAGCAGUCCCGGACAGCCCAGCAAGUGUGUUACUAUUCCUCGUUCUUUAGAUGGGAGACUUCAAGUUUCCCACAGAAAAGGCCUGCCCCACGUUAUAUACUGUCGUGUCUGGCGUUGGCCUGAUCUACAGAGUCAUCAUGAGUUGAAGCCAUUGGAUGUUUGUGAAUUUCCAUUUGGAUCUAAACAGAAGGAAGUUUGUAUUAAUCCAUACCACUACAAAAGGGUGGAGAGCCCAGUUCUACCUCCAGUGUUAGUGCCUAGACAUAGUGAAUUCAAUCCACAGCACAGCCUUCUAGUUCAGUUCAGGAACCUAAGCCACAAUGAACCGCACAUGCCACAAAAUGCUACAUUUCCAGAUUCUUUCCAGCAACCCAACAGCACUCCAUUUUCCAUUUCACCAAACAGCCCCUACCCACCUUCUCCAGUGAGCAGCACUUACCCAAGUUCCCCUGCCAGUUCUGGACCAUCUAGUCCAUUUCAGCUACCAGCUGAUACUCCACCUCCUGCAUAUAUGCCCCCCGAAGAUCAGAUGGGGCAGGAUAAUUCACAGUCUAUGGACACAAGCAACACUAUGAUUCCUCAGAUUAUGCCAAAUAUAUCCAGCAGAGAUGUUCAGCCUGUUGCUUAUGAAGAGCCCAAGCACUGGUGUUCAAUUGUGUACUAUGAAUUAAACAAUCGCGUUGGAGAAGCUUUUCACGCAUCUUCCACCAGUGUCUUAGUGGAUGGAUUUACAGAUCCUUCUAACAAUAAAAACAGGUUCUGCUUAGGUUUGCUGUCCAAUGUUAAUCGCAACUCAACUAUUGAGAACACUAGGCGACAUAUUGGAAAAGGAGUUCAUCUCUACUAUGUUGGUGGGGAAGUCUAUGCUGAGUGCUUAAGUGACAGCAGCAUAUUUGUACAGAGCAGGAACUGCAACUACCAUCAUGGAUUUCACCCUACAACUGUGUGCAAGAUUCCCAGUGGCUGCAGCCUUAAAAUUUUUAACAAUCAGGAGUUUGCUCAGCUUUUAGCUCAGUCUGUCAACCAUGGAUUUGAGGCAGUGUAUGAGCUUACCAAAAUGUGCACCAUUCGAAUGAGUUUUGUAAAGGGUUGGGGAGCAGAAUAUCAUCGGCAAGAUGUCACAAGCACCCCAUGCUGGAUAGAAAUUCAUCUUCACGGGCCCCUUCAGUGGCUGGAUAAAGUACUUACACAAAUGGGCUCACCACUUAAUCCCAUCUCUUCAGUUUCAUAGUGCUGCCGUAUUACCUUCAACUCUACCUUUAGUGAACUUAUUUUAAUUCUAGAGAAACUUCGAGUGUGGAUACUGUGAGCUAGAUGGAGAACAGAUAUGGUUUAACUUUUUACCCCCUUUGUGACCAAUUCCAUUACAUAUUGUUGAUUUAUUUUUACAUUUGUUUGUUCUUGUGAUACUAAUGUGACAAUUGAGCCCUAUUGGGGGAGAGGGGAGCGCGACAAAGUUUUUUGAAAAAAUCGCAACACUUUUCCCCCUCUUCAAAUGAAACUUAAACAGGUAUAUGUCUAACUGGAACAUAUUUUCUUCACUGUCACAUAGGGACAAGAAUUUUGAAGACAGAUUUUAGGAGUAAAUACAGAUCAUAGAUUUUUAGUGUUAAUAGAACUGUACAUUCUGUUUGCUGAACAUGUGCAGCUCCAGAUUUCAGUCAGUAUUUUAUAUGUAGCUGUGUAACAUCUUACGGAAGACUUCUGUCAUAAACAAAGUUAGCCUUUAUUACAGCUAAGUUUGCCUCAAUUUGAACAGUGUGAGUUAAGUGUACACCUCUUGAAAUACUUUUUUUUUUUUUUUAAACGGAUAUGGAUGGUAUAAAAACACUUGCAUUAACUUUUGGAAAAUGCAGUCAUAAACACACUAUAUACAUUGAGGAAUAUAAAUUAUUAGCCUUGUCCCAUUCCAAUUUUAUAACAUUGCUUUUAACCACCAUUUAACGAGUAAUUGAUACAAGGUAAACUCUUCCGCACUGCUGCGGACUAGUCAGUCCUUGUUUUGCCUUGAUAUGCACCCAUGCUGUUUUGGAUGUAAUUGCCAACACCUAGCUUUUUAGGUACCCUUUUGUAUUUUAGUAUACACACCACUUUUUAUAAAUGGCAGUACUUACAUUGCAAAGGAGCUAAGUUCUCUAGCUGUCUGUUUUACCUAUUCAGAAUUGGCAUGUUUUAGGUCUCGUAAAUCACUUAGCAGUUGUUUUGCAGUAUUAGUAAUGACCCUGUACUUCACUUCCAAUACAGAUUUGAUUAAUCUCUUUCUCAUACUGUUUUGAAGACUGAAUGGCUUAGCAAAUGGUAAUUGAGUGCAGAGCCUUUUAUUUCUAGAUCAAAUGCAGAUGUGGUAGAUAAUUAUCAAAAAUCAUGACUGUAAAGACUUAUGUCCUGUGUGAAAUGGUGGUCUUCAUCCCAAUCCUGAUGAAUGAGUUUCCCCUCACAUAGUCUAGGCCUACAGUUGGCAUUCUUAGCAGAGAAGCUGACGAUUGCAUGUAGAUGGAGAUUAAAGGUUUCAGAGGAGCAGCUGUGUUAGUCUGUAUCCGCAAAAAGAACAGGCGCACUUGUGGCACCUUAGAGACUAACAAAUUUAUUAGAGCAUGAGCUUUCGUGGUCUACCGCCCACUGCAUCAGAUGCAUAGAAUGGAACAUAUAGUUAGAAGAUAUAUACACACACACAUACAGAGAUGGUGGAAGUUGCCAUACGAACUGUAAGAGGCUAAUUAAUUAAGAUGAGCUAUUAUCAGCAGGAAGGGAAAAAAAACUUUUGUAGUGAUGAUCAAGAUAGCCCAUUUAGACAGUUGACAAGAAGGUGUGAGGAUACUUAACUUAAGGAAAUAGAUUCAAUAUGUGUAAUGACCCAGCCACUCCCAGUCUCUAUUCAAACCCAAGUUAAUGGUAUCUAGUUUGCAUAUUAAUUCAAGCUCAGCAGUUUCUCCUUGGAGUCUGUUUUUGAAGCUUUUCUGUUGCAAAAUUGUCACCCUUAAAUCUUUUUACAGAGAGGCCAGAGAGGCUGUUCUUUUUGAUGGAGAUUAAAUUGCCCUUUCAACCACAUAGGAAAUCCUUCAGGGUCGGGGUUGAAGCACGCUGGUGUAAGGCUGUGAGAAGGCUUGUACUGCAGCUGCCUGCUGUAUUUGUUGUGUCACUAAUUGGAGGACUUUUGAUGCCCAGGCUGUCAAUACAAACACUAAAUAAAAAAGGGGGAAUCUAUGGGUAAUGCCUUUUCCUAAGAAAAUGAGGGAAAGAAAUGUAUUGUGGAGAAUACUAGGUGAAGUGAGUUAUGGCCAGACUCUUUUUUUAAUUCUAAAGUUUUUAAGUGCAGAGUGCAGGGCCUGUUAUAUAUAAUAACUAUUCACCUUCCCCUUUCCCUAUCGCAAACACACAUUGUUUACCCACCCAGAUAAAAUGUUUGGGAGGUAGGCUGAAAACUCUAAAACUCAAGUAUCAGAAGGGUAGCCAUGUUAGUCCACAUCUGUAAAAGCGGCAAAGAGUCCUGUGGCACCUUAUAGACUAACAGACGUAUUGGAGCAUAAGCUUUCGUGGGUGAAUACCCACUUCGUCGGAUGCAUGUAGUGGAGAUUUCCAGAGGCAGGUAUAAAUAUGCAAGCAAGAAUUGGGCCAGGGAUAAGGAGGUUAGUUCAAUCAGGGAAGAUGAGGCCCUCUUCUAGCAGUUGAGGUGUGAACACCAAGGGAGGAGAAACUGCUUUUGUAGUUGGCUAGCCAUUCACAGUCUUUGUUUAAUCCUGAGCUGAUGGUGUCAAAUUUGCAAAUGAACUGAAGCUCAGCAGUUUCUCUUUGAAGUCUGGUCCUAAAACUCAAGUACUUAUUAAAGGAUGCUUUGUAGUUAGCUACUGGAGCCCAAGGGUAUUGAUCACAUAAGUUCUUCUUGUGUCCUUUUAUUGAAUGACAAAGUUUGUGCUUAAAUGUGGUAAUCCCUGUAUCACAUAGUACAUAAGUAAAUCUUUUUAAAGGAACAAAAUUGUUUACAUAUCAUGAUAAAUUCUGUUUCUUAUGAAAUGCCUUAAAGGAAUAAAGCUAAACUGAUAACGUUCACAGAUCUAUAAUGCUGUCUUGUACAGGAAUAAGUAUUUGUACUUAAACACUUUCUCCAGCAUUUUAAAAAUAAAACAUUUUCAGGAAAAA